GAGAGCAGCAGUCAGGAACAGGACAGAUAGACGGAUUGGGAGAGAGUCAUAGCGAGCACGGUCACAAAACCCAAACAAAUAAUACCUGUACCUUCAGACAGGCACCUGAGAUUAAGGGAUAUUAACUCGCAAAAGGGAUACGAAGCCUACUGCUUUCACGGAUCGGAAUACGUUAAGGUUUUUGCAGAAAGCCACCGCUCCAACUAUAAUUCAGAGAUUGCUUUGGGAGAAGCCAGCGCGAGGACAGCACUACCAGACAAGAAGUCAAUAGAGACAGAAGAAAAUACCCCAGUUGAAUUUUGAGCUGUUACAUAGUGGUCUAUAGUCUGCAUUAAACAACAUUUAAAAAAGACAUUGUACACAUUACCUUUCUGCCCUUAAACUACUCUUUAAGCAGGUGUAAAGAGUUCUUAUAGAUGUUAGUAUUUUCCUUAUUUAAUGCUUAUCUUGCCCUUCCAGGGGAAAGUGAAGAACCCUGUAUUUUUUAAUGCACUGGAAAAUCUGCUUGCAACUUGGUGUUUUGCCGCUUCUGAAAACAAAUGGCAGCCUCUUUGUUUGCCUAAAAAUUGUGGCCUUAUAGUUUUCUGUGAUCAGGCUCCACUUUGAGGAGUGUAUGUAAUGUGCGAACUGUUGAAAGCUUAGCCAUAAAAAUCACUUCGCAACCCCAUUGCUUUUAGAAUGUGUUAAGAAAGAUUACUUUUUUUCCUUUUGAAAUAGUCAUUCUCAUUGAGUGGAAAGCGAAAAUGAAACAGCUGUAAUUACAAGUUAGUUCAAGUAUUGUAAUGUGAAUAUGAAAGUAGCUCCCCCUUUUCUCCCUGUAGUGACUGCAAAGCUAGUUUAAUGAGGUGAACAGCGAUUUUUAGGAUUUUCUGUACCGCAGUUAAUUGUUUCCCCAUAUUUUUUCUGUGCAUGUGUGUUGGCAGAGAGUAAGAUGAGUUGGUAAGGGAGUAGUACAGUGUUAGAGCUGGCACACAGUGCUGCUUCCAGUGCUUCAGGUUGAAGAGAGGCUACCCUGAGAGCUAAUCCUCUACCAUACACUGGCUACAAUAUUAGAACGGUUUGUUCUGCAUUACUAACUGGGUACAAUACCAUUAAGCAGUUCAGACCGUUUUGUAAACUAGGUUCUUGCAGGGGUUCAUCUGGGUAGGUUUGCCUGGGAAAUCUACUUCUCAUCAACACCUGGGCAGAUCACCUUGGAUGUUUUUCUUAAAUUUUUUUUACAAAAACUGACAUCAUCCUAGUAGAGCAGCAGUGAAUCAAAACUCAUCUGGAUCACCGUUAAAGAUCAGCAUAGUUCUUUACCCCCUGAGACCGUCGACACCACAAGGGGAUUGAUGCUAGAAAUUAAACUGGCAGAGUGAUCCCAAAUAGUCUUUUUUGCAUCAUUACCAAAGUACAUCAUCCUGGAAGACAUUACCUGCACCACCAAAGGGCUGUGUUGUCCUGAGGGUGCAGUGCACACUGUUGCAACUGGACCAGAUCUCUUUGAUAUACAACGCCCAGGAGUUCUCCUUCUGUACAACAUUGAGACGAAGGGAGAGAGGGGUGCUGGACUUCAGAGCCCACGACUCUGGAUCCUGGCCAUGAGGUUUGAUGCCUCGUUCCACUGACUGGAGACACUGGACCUAAAUGGCGCAGCAUGACUUUGUUCCUGCCUGGCUUAACUUCUCGACGCCUCAGCCCGCCAAGUACCCUUCAGCCACCUUUGAGAAACAUGGAGAGCACUUUCCCCGUGGAGAUGGGAGGCCGGCAGUGAGCCGCCGCCGUCACAACUCCUCUGAUGGCUUCUUCAACAACGGGCCCCUUCGGGCCCCUGCAGGCGAUGGCUGGCAGCAGCCGUCUCUGCUCCGUCAUGAUUCCGUGGACUUGGGCGUGUCGAAGGGCGGCCACAGUGGGCUGGUCGGCGGGCAAGGCUGGAAGGAGGCAUCCAGCUGGCACGGCACGCCGCGAGGGCAGGAGGUCGUGACGUCUCACCCCCACCAGCACCAUCACAACCGCCACCAGAAACGGGGGGGCGACCGGGACAGGGCAGGGGGCCACCGGCAGCGCAAUGGCAACUUCCACCCCCGCAAGGGCCCUGCCUUCCAGGACAAGAUCCCUGCCGACGCCCGGGACGAGCGCAAGGACAGCAAGGAGGAGAAGCUGAAGUUUGUGGAAGAAGAUUUUCCCUCUCUUAAUCCAGAAGCAACUGGAAAGUCAGCAAGUCAGAUGCGGGCAAUGGGAGCUCCAGCAGGAGUAUGGGAGAACCCCCCUAGUGCCAAGCAGACAGUUUCCAAGAUGCUGGUCAUCAAGAAGGUUUCAAAAGAAGACCCCUGUGCUGCUUUCUCUGCAGGGUUUGCAACCACAGGACCCCUCCCUGCCAAUGGCAACAAAGUUCCCAUCACUGGACCCAGCGUUUACAAGAACCUGGUACCCAAGCCAGCUGCAGCCCCUGCUAAGACAGGUCCAUGGAAACCCAAUGGAAGGGAAACUAAACCGGGUUCGCAUUUCCCCGGCCGGGACUCUGCCUUCACCAGCCCUGUCUCUGUAACCAAACCCAUGACUCCGGUCAGCAGCACCCCUCACCCAGCUCCCAAGGAGAUGCCCUCUAGCACCACCCCACCUAUUGACAUCACUUCUUCGCGACUCAAGCUGAUGCGACGUGGUACUGACCGCAAGAGUGAGUUCCUACGGACGUUGAAGGACGAGAGGAAUGGAGAGCUGCCCACCUGUCACAGCCCUGGAGCACCUGGAGAGGGUGAGAGUAGCACACCUGAACCCAAGGAAGAGGACAGUGAGGGACACUGCCAUGAGAACGGCAUCACUUUAUCCUUCAGUGAUUCGGACACUGACCAUCUGUCCAGCUCCCUGGAAGCAGAGCACAGGUUAUUGAAGUCUAUGGGUUGGCAGGAGUACCCAGAGAAUGAUGACAACUUCCAGCCCUUAACUGAGGAUGAGCUGAAAGAAUUUCAGGCUAAAACGGAGCAGCUAAAGAAGAAUGGCCUUGGGAAGAAUGGUGUUCUACUGAAGCCCCGCGGUGUGGCCCUGCAGUUUGCUCCCUGGAGAAGCACUUUGGAUGUGGGGCUUGACGAGGGCUCGGAGUCCGAAACGAGCAGUAGCCAGACCUCCGAUGAUGAUGAUACCUAAUGUGGCUUUAAAAGAUUUCAUUUUUUUUAAUACAUGGUUUUAAUUUUUUUCCAUGCACAAGGGAAACCAAUCAUAUCCCACUGAACGAUAACAUUCUGGCUUGUAUAGCUUUUUUUUGUACCUCUCUUUGUAGCCCCAUUUUUUCCUGCUUCACAGACCUAAAUACAAGCAAACAGAAGAAGGGCAAUGCACAUUAGAUUCUGCUAAAAACAAGAAUGACUAAUUGAAUUAAAAAUCAAAGAAUUGAAUGACUUGAGUUCCUGACAAACUGAGAUGUAACAAAACUGGCUUUGACACAUCUUUUUGCAACAAUCCGUAGUGUUAGCAGUGUGAUGAGGCAAUCAUCAGUAAUGAAUAUUGACGUUAUUCUAAGUCCCUCAUUAAAAAUGCGGUGGUUCAAUUUGUGCAGCUGGGAUGUUUGUCUGUGGUAGAGUAUUAAAAAAAGAAAGAUCUGGCAAGUACUGUACAGUGUGGCAGCUAUUGAGAGAAACAAUCACUAUUUGAAAGCCUGUAAGGGAGAUAAAAUCUGACCCCAUAUUUCUCAAGUGUCACAUGUGUGACUCCUUCAUGCUGAUUUGUCAUUUACACCAGAUAUUCUCGUCAGUUUCAUUUUAAUCCACAUCUAACAGCACACUGUUUCUGUCUUUCAGUACAACAGCCAGUGCCUCACUGUUUUCUUCACAGGCCCGUGAUAGUCUUGUCUCACUCUCACUAAUCAGAUUAUACCUGAAUCUGUUCUCCAGAUGUGUUGAGGACAUAUAAAAAAAAAUUAAACAGACCUUGACUGUAAAGCUAAGAGUGGUUUAGACUAGAAAAUAAGCAGAUAGCCAGGAUGAGGCCAAGUUAUUUGCUUAGGUAACCAUAAAGGGCAGAAUUAAUAACCAGUGAGAAAAUGUAUACUCAUCCUUCUGAUGACAAAUAUUAUACAUAUUAUAUGAAAGGAACCAGUGAAAUUGACAGUUUUCAUGACAAGGGGAAUGUACUUUAAAGUAAUUAAUGUAUUUGAUGUAAUAGGAUCAUAGCUCAACUUGAAACCAAAGGCAAGGUAGCAGCAUAGCAAUAGAUUGCAUGGCAAGGACCAUUGUAGAACUGAAUCUGAGAAUCAAAGUUGUCAAAUUUUUAAUAGGCGAUUCUGACAGUUUUGGAUUCUUUCAUUUCAGAUCAUCAGGGAGGUAAACAUCCACAGAGGACUUUCAACUAUAUUUACAGGCCUACACUGACACCUUGUUUUGCACUUGUGCAAGCUGUUGCUUCUUUAAAAUUAUGAUAUUUAAAAUUCUCAGAGAUGUAAACCAUUUCUGCAGUGGAGACUCACUCAUCCCAGUUUGUACAUCCAUUUAUAAUGAGGGACUACAUUAUUUUAAAUAAUGCUAAUAACCAGAUUUAUUUUUUGUUGUUGGAAGGGUAUAAAAGGCUUUGUCACUUACCUUACAUUUUACUUUAUUUUGGUACAGCUGUAAAGUUUCCACAGAAAUAGGCUUUGUUUUUGCAUUUUUUGUUCUGUUCCUGCAGCCUUGAUAUUCAGGGUGGAUUGUAAAAUAUAAAAAAAUUUUGUGAGUUUUCGAAGAUUAAGAUUAUUUUGAUAACAUUAUUUACAGAUUUGAAAAGAUAAAAAAGGGUUUCAUGUAUGGAAUCAUCUGUAUGAGAAGUAGAAAAAAACUACUGCAUCAGAAAAGAAAAAAACUUGGAAUAAAUAUUUUGCAUCAGUUUGCCAAA